CAGCUGACUUUCGAAUCCUUUGCAGUCGGCACUUUCGAAUCCUUUACUCUGGAAGGAUGUCCGGACGGUUUUAUUUCAAUAAAGGAAAGCAACCGGCCGGCAACUGGCGGCAAAUGGUGCGGAAGCGCUUGGGGAUUCACCGUAUACUACAGCGAAACGCCAAGCAUUAAUCUCACGCUUAUGCUGAACCGGUUUUCUCAACAGACAACUUCGGGUUAUACUUUUGAAUUCAAGUUGUCGUAUAAAUUCUUGAAACUUAGCGAUGCCAAAAUAAGAUACGGUAACGCAACGCAGCGAACCUACAGGGGCAAACUGGGCCCCGCAACGUACUGUGAUAGAUUGCUGGAAAACUGUUCAAAGAAACCCUGCAAGAUACAAUCACCCAACUAUCCGGGAAUCUAUCCUAGAAAUGUUAGCUGCCACUAUAGAGUACGGGAAAAGAAUGUUCCACCGGGAAAACACGCAUUAAUUACAGUUCGACAGGCUAAUUUUCAUUACAAAGAAAAUAUACCAAAAUUCGAUAACAGUGAUAGGGUUUUAAGGAUUUGGGACCAGUGCAACAUGAUGCAGGACUACAUAGAAAUCCUGGACGGAUGGGGUCCAAGUGCUACCACCUUAGCUCAUCUAUGCAGCGGUGAAACUGUUCCAGAAAUAAUAAGCAGCGGUCCAGAACUACUAGUAAAAUUCCACACUUCACCAUUCGGAAAUCCAUUUCAUCCCCUGCCAUUAUCCUACCUACCGGGCUUCGAGCUAGAAGUGGAAGUGUUUUUCGUGAACAAAAAAUCACCGAGUUAUAUAGAGCAUGGAAAGAAAUGCGAAUUUUUGGUUACAACUUUUGAUAAUACUACUGGCUUAUUGGAGAGUCCGCUACAUAGUCUCCCACCUAACACUACUUGUGAGUAUCAUUUCAAAGGGCAAGCCAAUUAUAUAAUAUGGAUAUCAUUUAUAAAAUAUCACGUAACCAAUGAGAGAUUAGCUGAUUUUAACACAGGGGACUGUGAUGUCCAACUAAAAAUAUGGGACGGUGAUAUAAAGGGAAAAAAUACCGUACAACUUAUAGGACAGUUCUGCAAGUUUGACAAACCCAAAUUAUGCGAUCAUUCAUUGCUUAAAAACUCUUCCAGAUUGACCAGACCUUGUGGUUUAGCUGAGAGUUAUAUUUCUACAAGCACAGAUUUAACAAUAUCACAUACCAUACGGUAUGGUAGUGUUUUAUAUCCAGUAAACUUUAUUCUACGUUACGAGUUCGUCGAUUUGUCCCAAGAAGGUUUACAAAUGACUAAAAACCCAUGCGAUAGACUGUUUAAAACUGAUUCAGGUCGUUUCUACUCACCUAAAAUUACAUUUUUAUAUGGGCGCGGAGGUCAAAAGGAUUUAACAUGUACAUAUCAGUUUGAGUCCAAGAAUAAUCAGAGGUUAAAAAUUACUUUUAACAAAGCUAACUUUGGGGAUAAAUCAUGCAGCUCAGAGUAUAAUCCCGAGACAAACAGAUGGAUUUGCACACCUAAAAAUAAGAAUAAUGGUAUGGCGAGCAUUAAAAUUUCGGAGUUUCCUUGGAAAGGCAUUGAAAUCAAAAGGGAUUGCAUAUGCAAUAACAUAAGCGAACCUUUUAGUAUAAUUACCAAAACCGCUAGCAAAGUAUUAUUUAAAUUCCAAGUAACCAACAUGAAGAUUACAGAAGAUUUUUAUGAUUAUUACUUUGAUGCUAAUUUCCAGUUUAUACCAAAUGAUAGUAACUGCUUUAAUCCUUGGAAAAAUCGCAGACUUAAAGGUACAAGUGGAGAAAUUACUGUACGAAAUAACGAGCAUAGCUUAACGAGUAAAUUAAACUACCAAAACCAAACUAUUAAAUACUGUUUAAAUCAACCUUGGUUAAUAGAGCCUGAAAAUAAUUUAGGUAACUACAUCUACCUAAAAAUUAAGGGUUCUGAAAUACGAGACUCUAGAUUGUGUCACAGCAAAAACCGAAUCCUAGUAUUUUCCCCAGGUAAAACUGAAGAAAUACACUUGAUUUGCCCCUAUUAUCAAAACAUUGAUGAUGUGGUCGAAAUGUUUUCGGAGGGUUGGAGUAUUUUUUCUUACAAAAAAAUACAAAAUAAGCAUUCCAGAAGUUUUAUCAUUGAAUUUCUUCAAAGAGAGCCUGGUAGUUUUUCCGUAAACUGGAUGGAAGUUUCUAAGAACCCGGCUUUAACAUUACCUUCAAGUCUUUUAAUGAUUAUUCCCCCUGAAUGUCCUCAUAGUUGUCCAGAAUUAGGUGCCUGCAUAAGUCCGGAACUAUGGUGCGAUGGACUACGUCACUGCCCUUCCGGAAACGACGAACAAGAAUCUAAUUGCUCCAUUAACAAUGGUUUCCCCGUUCAGUACCUAAAUUCUGUUGCUUUAACAGCUGUAGGCUUAGUACUAGUUGUUACAGUUGUUUCGAUUAUUUUCUACACCUACAGACACUGGAAACGCGAACAAAAAAAUGUUAUAGUAUCCGUAACCGAGCAUACUUUUCUUGAAUUUAAGAGUGGCUUGUGCUAA